UCUUGGUGGCCACCUGAAUGACAGUUGUUGGGACACUGACUGCUACGUUCGAAUCGCCGUCAAAUUUCACGUGGACUUUGGCAUUUGUAUCGAACAACUUCGGCCUUUUUGGAUCGAUCGACGGUGUAAACUUCAUUUUUUCUGUUGAUCGAUCAGUUCGUCGUUAAAGCACAGAAAAAAGAGACAAGCUGUAAAUUUCGGAUACAGUCGUGCGAGUCACGGAUAAUGUUCGUCGCGCUCGAAAGGACACCACCACUGCUGCGACUUCGUCUCUCACCCUCUUUUUUUUGCACAAUGUCCGAUCAACAGACUGCCGCAAUUAUUGCAGCACGACAAGCUGAAAUACGAGCCAAGUUGGCUAAAUUCCAACAGCAACAGAAAGGUGCACCUCCACCGUCAGCCGCACCACCACCGAGUCGACCACCAUCACAAGCUCCUUCAUCGUCUACAUUUUCUGCAUCACCGCUUACAAACAGACGUCCUGAGAGUAGUAGCGCCAGCCCCAGUUCAUUACCGAGCCGUGGGAGUCCCGCCGGAGGUAGUGGUGGUUCUGCAGACCUCGAUCUGAUUCAACGGAAAAUCGCAGAAGCCAAAGCACGAUUAGCGGGAAACAAUACCUUGGUAGCGCCUCGAGCAACAGCGAAAGGUAUCUAUGUGCCCGAUGAUAAAGGAAGAGUUGGAACGCCUCAAGUUGGCCUAGACGCGACCGGAAGCAUUGAUCUUCAAGCAAUGCUGAGCAGUAUACCCAAGCGAGAAGUUGCUACAGCAAAGGCUAAUCAGCGCUCUGCACAAAAGAAGGAAGGGCCGGGUAUAGGCAUUGGAAGCAAAGCUAAAAACCCGUACCUGGAAUAUCCGACCGAAGCCACCACAAUACCUACCAAACGCAAAGCGAGACCGCUCAAGUUUGUUCAGCCGGGAAAGUACAUUGAGAAGGCGGAUAAAGAACGAAAGCAUGCACAACUCGAAAGAUUGAAGCAGGAGAUUGCGCAAAAUGUCAAAAAAGCGGGCAUGGAAGUCGAAUUGGACAUUUCUGAUAAAGCAUUAAAGAAAGAGCCCGGACCACCUGCCGAAUGGUGGGAUGCACCUUUUCUUCCUAAUAAAGCAUACACAGACAUGGAUGAAACACCUGUCAAACCGGAAGAACUUGACCAGCUCGUGACGCUGUAUGUCCAUCAUCCGAUCCCUAUCAAACCACCAAGCGAACAAAACAGCACACCUGUGGUGCGAUCACUGAUGCUUACUAAAAAGGAACGCAAGAAACUUCGACGACAACGACGACAAGAAACACAAAAAGAAAAACAGGACAAGAUUCGUCUUGGCUUGCUACCACCCGACCCACCCAAAGUCAAAAUUAGCAAUUUGAUGCAAGUUCUAGGACAGGAAGCUAUCCAAGAUCCUACAAAGAUUGAAGCUCGUGUCCGAAAAGAAAUGGCGCAACGACAGCAACAGCAUGAAUUAACCAACGAGCAACGUAAACUGACUCCAGAAGAACGAAGGGCAAAGAUUAUGAACAAGCUUGCCGAAGACAAGAAACAGAGCAAUGAAGUGGCAGUUUUCAAAAUAAAAAAUUGUGCACACCCCAAACAUCGAUACAAGAUCGAAAAGAAUGCACAGCAAUAUCAGUUAACUGGAAUAGUGGUUGUUCAUCCAAAGUGCCAUUUGGUUAUUGUUGAAGGAGGACCAAAAGGUAUUAAGGCGUACAGAAAGCUAAUGCUCCGACGUAUCGAUUGGAACGACAUGCCUCCUCCCAAGAAUACUGAUGGAUCGUCGGACAUGAUGGAUAUCGAUCGAUUCAACACAGAAGGCGAGGAUAACAAGUGCUAUUUGGUAUGGGAAGGUCAAGUGAAGAACAAGGCAUUCCGUAAAUUUACGUGGAGAUCAUUUGAGAGUGAAAAGAUGGCUAGAGAAGAGUUAUCCAAAUGGAACGUAGAACACUACUGGGAUGCGGCUGUCAUGGCAUCGGAUGAAGACCUUGCUGCACGGCAACCAGAAUUGUAGUCAGCGUAAUAACAAGAAGAAACAGCACGAUAAAAAAUAUUAUAAAAAGACGAUUAUACGUUAAACCAU